AUGGAGGUAUCAAAUGUUGAGAUCCUCAGUCUCUUUAAGGAACAAUCCUCACGUGAGGAUAGAAGCUACACCUUCCUUAGAAGGUUUGGGAGGAGAAAAGGCAGGAAUUUCAGAAGACUUAGGGAUUUCGAGUUGAGGGGGGAUAUUCGAAAGCCUUGGGUCAUCAUG